AUGUCCGCAGCCGAAGCAAAUGCGUUCAUCCAGGAGGUCUGGGGCUUGCAGGGUGCUGCCUAUCUCGUAGUCGGAUUACGAUACUACAGCCGAGCCUCUACGUUGGGAUGGAGAAAGUUUGCUUGGGAUGACGCCCUGAUGUUCCUGGCAAUUCUUGUAUAUACUGCGGAGUCAGUGGCGGCAUAUUUUGUCGUCGCAUACUGGAAAGGGUUUGCCAACAAUGGCAUGACAGACGAUCAACGAGCCGCUCUAGAUCCAACAUCACCAGAGUGGCUGUUACGUGUCAACGGCUCCAAGACACAUGUGAUUGGCCUCCUACUAUACACAACUCUGCUAUGGUUGCUUAAGGCUUGUUGGGUAGUUUACUACUCUCGUCUUACUGAUGGGGUUCACAAGAUGAAGCGAGUCAUCUUCUGGGCUAUGAUCAUCAUGCCCAUAACCUACGUUGCGUGUCUUUUGGUCGCAUUCAUGAAAUGCAUCCCGUUCCAAAAUCAAUGGCAGAUCAACCCGUCACCGGGUAUCACAGACUUCUACCUAAUGGCUAUCCCGCUUCCGAUGGUGUGGAAGUCCCAUCUUCCCUGGAGGAAGAAGGUCACUCUCAUGAUCAUGUUCAGCGGUGGCUUUCUCGAGAUGACGUUUGGUAUCCUUCGCUGCGUCUCGAUCCUUACAGUUGGCGAUACCGAUCCCGCUCAAUCAGGCUACUGGUCUGUCCGAGAAUCUUUCGUGUCCGUAGUCCUUACCAACAUGCCCAUGGUCUACCCCCUUUUCAAAAGCGUCAUAGACAAGAGCCGUAAUGCGAGUACCAACAAGAGCGGCGCCAUGGGAGACAGCCAGGGAUACCGCCUGGGCAGCUAUCCAGGCAAACCAGGGCCCCGAAGCCACCCUCUUUCCAUCCCAAAUGAGACAACAUGGGGAUCAGACGAACACAUAGUCUCUAGCAGUGUGGAGAAGAACAUUGCCGGCGGCGAGGAAGCUUCGAUUGGCUCUACCGAUAAGCCACAGAGCCCUUACUUGCCUCAAGGAUCAAACAUUGCGGAAGUUGCAGCAGAGCCUAUCAACAGCAACCGGCAAUCUAUGAGGGCAAGGCGGCAUCAACCUGAUGUCGAUCCCAACAAGAUUGUCGUCACGACGGAAUACACCAUUUCGAGAGCAACACCUGACCCGCAUGGGCCCAGGAUGGGGAGAUACUAA